AUGAAUUCCAGGGGUACCAAUUGUCUUUUUUCUCUAUCUCUCUCUAUCUUCCCCUCUUUCUUUAUUUCCUUUUCUCUCGCUUUCUCUUCCCCCUCUCUCUCUCCCUCUCUUUCUCUCUUAGUUUCUUUCUCUCUAUAUAUCUAUAUAUCACUAAUGUCGCCCUUUAUUUCUUCGACUGAUUUUUCUCCCUUCUCUUAUUUCUCACUCUCUCUCUCUCUCUCUCUCUCUCUACUUAUCUGUCUAUUUCUCUGUCUGUCUGUCUGUCUCUACCUCUAUUUCUCAAUCUUUCUCUUCCUCUCUCUAUUACUCUCCACAUCUUUUAAUACAUAUCUGUCACAAUUACUCUCCCUACCUUCUUUUUUCUCCCUUGCCCAACCCGAAUUAACUCCACCACCAUUGCCCUAUGAAAUUCUCUCAUAUCUACUCUUUUUAUUUUUCAUCUUUUCCUUGACCUUUCUUCUUCUUCUUCUUCUUCUUCUUCUUCUUCUUCUUCUUCUUCUUCUUACUCCUCUUCCCUCUCCUGCUCUUCCUCAUCCUCCUACUCACUCUAGUGUAUUUCUCUUUCCCUCCCCUGCUCAUUUCCUCAUCCUCCUACAUCUUUUCUUUUUCUUUUUUUUUUAUCUGCUAUUUUAUCUUUUUUUCGCCUUUUUCUUUUUAUUUCUUCACUUUUUUAUCUUUAUCAUUUCCUUUUCUUCUUUUUUCUUCUUCUCUCCUGCUCUUCCUCAUCCUCCCUACAUCUUUUCUUUUCUUUCCUUUCCUUUUUUUAUCUUUUUUAUUUUAUCAUUUCAUUUUUUUUCUUUCUUAAUCUUUUCUUUUCUUUUUCCUUUUUCUUUUUUCUAUUUUAUCUUCUUUUCACUUUUUCAUCUUCUUCUAUUUCUUCUUCUUUUCUUCCUUCUUUCUUCUUCCUCUUCUUCUUCUUCUUCUUCUUCUUCUGUAUUUCUCUUUCGCCUCCUUUUUAUUUAUUUCUUUUUAUCUUUAUCAUUUCCAUUCCUUCUUUUUCUUCUUCUAACUCCCUACAUCUUUUCUUUUCUUUCCUUUUCUCUUUUAUCUGCUAUUUUAUCUUCUUUUUCUGCUUCUUAA